GCCCAGGUUACUUCAUAUCUUGCUAAGUGUCUCAUCGACACGAAUAAAAUGUGUAUUCGGCUGCGUUUGUGGUGUUAUAUAAAUGCUGAUUAGUUCCUGUUGGUUAACAGUGUUGUUGUGUCCACAGAAGCACUGGAGAAAGACUGUAACCUGAGGUGACAGGUUUUAAUUGUGUCCUGGCUUAGUAUGAUGGGACACACUUCUGCUUGUUUCCUUUCCUUUGGACAACCCUCAGCCCCUCAGUCUCUACAUCACCUCAACAUGGCCGCCCACAGGUCAGAGUGUCUACAUGGGCGCCGCCAUACUGGCGCCCGGCCUAAGCCGCUGAAACGGGAUCGUGUUUGGCAAAGCGCCAUGUUGACUACUGGCAACUUUCGGCCACGAAGACUGCUGAGCAUGCGCACACCCAAGCAGCGCUGUAAGAAGUACCUCUGGGCCUGGGAGGCAUUGACAAAAAGGAAGUGGGUCCUGUUCUGUUUCUUGCGACUAUAGUCACCGCCCGAGGCAAAUGACCACUGUCCUAAUAGGACGUGGGUGAGGGGCAGGUGAGUAGAGGGAUGGCAGCAUCUGUGAACUGAGCUAGAAGAAUCUCUGAUGUCUGUCGUGGGCCCUCCGAUCUCUGCCCCUUUGUCCGAAGAGCCAAAAAUGACCAAGUCCCUGGAAUCAGUGUCAUUCAAGGACGUAACUGUAGACUUCAGUAGGGAUGAGUGGCAACAAUUAGACCUUGCUCAGAAAAGCCUAUACAGAGAAGUGAUGCUGGAAAACUAUUUCAACUUGAUCUCAGUGGGAUGUCAAGUUCCCAAACCAGAAGUCAUCUUCAGCUUGGAACAAGAAGAGCCAUGUAUGUUGGAUGGUGAGAUCCCCAGUCAGAGCCGUCCAGCCCCAUCUGGACCUGCUUGGAGCUGUCCCCAGAAAGCCUCAUUAUAUGGGGACAUUGGUUUUGGACCUUUACAACAGAGGAUGUCUGAAGAAGUUUCUUUCCAGUCUGAGAUUAAUAUUAAUCUCUUCACAAGAGAUGACCCAUAUUCCAUUUUAGAAGAAUUGUGGAAAGACGAUGAACACACAAGAAAAUGUGGAGAAAACCAGAACAAACCUUUAAGUCAUAUUGCCUUCAUUAACAAGAAAACACUAGCUAAUGACAACAUCUUUGAAUAUAAGGACAUUGGGGAAAUAGUUCAUGUAAACACACACCUGGUUUCCUCAAGAAAAAGACCCUAUAACUGUAACUCAUGUGGAAAGAAUUUGGAGCCUAUCGUAACCUUAUAUAAUAGAAACAAUGCAACAGAAAAUUCUGAUAAGACUAUUGGAGAUGGUGAUAUUUUCACUCAUAUGAAUUCUCAUACAGAAGUGACUGCUUGUGAAUGUAACCAACGUGGGAAACCUCUGCAUCAUAAGCAAGCUCUCAUUCAACAUCAGAAAAUUCAUACUAGAGAGUGCCUCUAUUUGUUUUCUGACUAUGUAAAUGUUUUCUCCCCAAAGUCACAUGCCUUUGCACAUGAGAGUAUUUGUGCUGAAGAAAAGCAGCAUGAAUGCCAUGAAUGUGAGGCAGUCUUCACUCAGAAGUCCCAGCUUGAUGGCUGUCAGAGGGUUUAUGCAGGAAUAUGCACUGAAUAUGAGAAGGAUUUUUCCCUCAAGUCAAACCGUCAGAAAACUCCUUAUGAGGGGAAUUACUAUAAAUGCAGUGACUAUGGAAGAGCCUUUAUCCAGAAGUCUAAUCUGUUCAGAUGCCAGAGAAUUCCUUCUGGAGAAAAACCUUAUGAAUACAGUGAAUGUGAGAAAAACCUCCCUCAGAAUUCAAACCUUAAUAUACAUAAAACAAUUCAUACUGUAGGGAAACACUUUGAAUGUAGUGAAUGUGGAAAAGCUUUCACAAGGAAAUCAACACUAAGUAUGCAUCAGAAAAUCCAUACAGGAGAAAAACCCUAUGUAUGCACUGAAUGUGGGAAGGCCUUUAUCCGGAAGUCACAUUUUAUCACACAUGAAAGAAUUCAUACUGGAGAAAAACCCUAUGAAUGCAGUGACUGUGGGAAAUCCUUUAUUAAAAAAUCACAACUCCAUGUGCAUCAGCGAAUUCACACAGGAGAGAAUCCCUUUAUAUGUUCAGAAUGUGGGAAGGUCUUCACUCACAAGACAAAUCUCAUUAUACACCAGAAAAUUCAUACAGGAGAAAGACCCUAUAUAUGUACUGUAUGUGGUAAGGCCUUUACUGACAGGUCAAAUCUCAUUAAGCACCAAAAAAUUCAUACUGGAGAGAAACCAUAUAAAUGCAGUGACUGUGGAAAAUCAUUCACCUGGAAGUCACGGCUCAGGAUACACCAGAAGUGUCAUACUGGAGAGAGACAUUAUGAAUGCAGUGAAUGUGGGAAAGCAUUCAUUCAGAAGUCAACACUAAGUAUGCACCAGAGAAUUCAUAGAGGGGAAAAACCAUAUGUUUGCACUGAAUGUGGUAAGGCCUUCUUCCACAAAUCCCAUUUUAUUACACAUGAGAGAAUUCAUACUGGAGAGAAACCCUAUGAAUGCAGUAUUUGUGGGAAAUCCUUCACUAAGAAAUCACAGCUCCACGUACAUCAGCAGAUUCACACGGGAGAGAAACCCUAUAGAUGUGCUGAAUGUGGAAAGGCUUUUACUGACAGAUCAAAUCUCUUUACACACCAGAAAAUUCACACUGGAGAGAAACCUUAUAAAUGUAGUGACUGUGGGAAAGCCUUCACUAGGAAGUCAGGUCUCCAUAUACAUCAGCAAUCCCAUACUGGAGAAAGGCAUUAUGAGUGCAGUGAAUGUGGGAAAGCCUUUGCAAGAAAAUCAACACUAAUUAUGCAUCAGAGAAUUCAUACAGGAGAGAAACCCUAUAUUUGUACUGAAUGUGGGAAAUCCUUCAUCCAGAAGUCACACUUAAAUAGACACAGGAGAAUUCAUACUGGAGAGAAACCCUAUGAAUGCAGUGACUGUGGGAAGUCUUUCAUUAAGAAAUCACAACUCCAUGAGCAUCAUCGAAUUCACACAGGAGAGAAACCAUAUAUAUGUGCUGAGUGUGGAAAGGCCUUCACCAUCAGAUCAAAUCUUAUUAAACACCAGAAAAUUCAUACUAAACAGAAACCCUAUAAGUGCAGUGACUUGGGGAAAGCCUUAAACUGGAAGCCACAACUCAGUAUGCCUCAGAAAUCUGACACUGGGGAAGUAGAGUGCUCCAUGCCACAAUUGUGGUGUGGGGACUCAGAAGGUGACCAAGGCCAACUUUCUUCUAUCUAGUUAGAAUUAUGAACAUCUGGAUCAUAUAGCUGAUGUGUAGUUACGCAUAUGGGGAGACACUUUUGAGAGUGUUUAAGCACUGUAUAGUGGCCAUCUUUGGUUACUUGAUGUUGGUGUUGUCAAGCUCCUGCAAAUAAUAGUAAAUGUGCAAGGAGAUGA